AUGAAUCACCUGUGGUAUACAUCCUGACCUCUGUUGCACUGACUUCACUCCCUCAGAACAAUCUCUCAUUCAGCAUUUCUCGCAAUAGUGAAACUCUUGAAAAUACAAAAAAACUGAAGCUGAGAAGAAAACAGAGAAAAUAGAAAUGAGAACUACAGCACUCGGUUUUAAAACUACAGCCAUGGCAGAAUGCGUCCUCUGGUUGCACCCUUCUCUAUAACACUAACAGCCACUUGCCUUUAAAGUUGUUGAUUAAAUUUUCAUGAGGAAAACUUUUUCAUUGUUUUCUUGUAUGCAUAUUCGAGGUGAUCAUGAACCCCAAAGCUGUAUGGCUUUUGGGAAUUUGUGCUAGCGUUACUGACAUCCUUACCUUAAAAAUAUGAAACACAUCAUAUGACAUACUAGCCAUGCUGUAACUUGGGUUUUGGAAUUUGGGGUUCCUGUGACAUUUUCUUCUUUUUUGAUCAUAAUCAAGCAUUAUUCAUUUUGCAGAUUAAUUUCACUGUACUCAUAUCUAUUGUUUCGAUGAGAGUGGGUCAGCCUAUACUUAACCAUAUUAUUACAAUAAUAUGGUGUGUUCAUACAAAAAGCAAACCAACUUUUCCCCUCAGAUAUUGGUCCCCAACAUUUAAAAAGAGGAGGAGCACGGCAACCAAUCACGUUACAGCAACAUACUUUCAGCCGUUACAGUGUAGCCUACCUUUCUCCAAACUGAGUUCAUUUUCUCUGUGUUUUAUCUAAAAGCAAAGUUUAACCAGACCACUCCAAUCGUUAUCUCUGCAUCCUCCAUUUCUGAUUUGUCAGUGGUGUCAGGAGAACCCCAGCUGGUUCAUGCUUAGGCUGUUUUUCAGCAAUGUUGCAAUAUUUAAACUUGCACAAAUGUACUAUGCCCUCUUUGGUUUUGUUGAGAAUGCACCAUUACGCAUCCAGUCAUAGCUUUUACUACGAAUGAUCAAGAGAGACUGGAGGACAGGAAAAAAGAAAAGCUUGAAAGAGAAUGAAACUUUUAUAUCAUCAACAUGGAAUUCUCAGAGGAAGACUACGACUAUGAAAACACCACCUACAACUUCACCUAUGAUGACUAUCCUGCCGUAUGCGAGAAAGGGGACAUCCGAUCUUUCGCAGCCCUCUUCCUGCCCAUCAUGUACACCGUGUGUCUGGUGGUGGGACUGGCUGGAAACGUUUUAGUCGUGGCUGUCUACGCCUACCACAAACGCCUGAAGACCAUGACAGAUGCCUUCUUGACCCACUUGGCUGUGGCCGACUUGCUCCUGCUCCUCACGCUCCCUUUCUGGGCUGCUGAUGCUGCAAGGGGCUGGGAGCUAGGGGAGGUUGUUUGUAAAAUCGUGUCUGCCUGCUACACAGUGAAUUUCACCUGCUGCAUGUUGCUGCUGGCGUGCAUCAGCUUGGAUCGUUAUUUAUCGCUGGUCAGAGCACAGGAUAGAGACCAAAGACGAUGGCUACAGAGGGCGUUCACCAGGAAAUGCUGUUGGAAGGUGUGUUUAGCUGUGUGGGUGACAGCUUUCCUCCUUGGCCUUCCUGAUUUAAUACUCUCAGAAGUGAGGCAGGCAUCUGAUAGAAAUAUCUGUCUAACCAUCUAUCCUUCAUCUAUGGCUCGAGGAGGUAAAGCUGUCCUAGAGGUGGUCGAGGUGUUGUUGGGAUUCCUACUUCCUCUGCUGGUCAUGGUGACCUGCUACUGGCGGGUGGGCUGUGCACUCCGGGGCCUCCCUGAUGAGAGCAGAGGGAAGAAGUGGAAAGCUCUGCGUGUCCUUCUCAUUGUCGUAGGGGUGUUUGUGAUGACUCAGCUGCCUUACAACGUGGUUAAGGUGUAUCGGGCAAUGGAUACAGUCUACAGUUUAGUGACCCACUGCGGGGCGAGUAAGGUGCUUGAUCAGGCGGCUCAGGUGACAGAAAGCCUGGCUCACACUCACUGCUGUCUGAACCCGAUCCUCUAUGCCUUUGUGGGGUCUUCCUUUAAGAUGCACAUGAUGAGAGUGGCCAAGAAGUUUGAAGCGAAGCGAAGGAAGAGGGGAAGCAAAACAACAGAAACUAAUGUGGAGGAGGGGAUGGAAAUGUCAUUCAACUCCCACACUGCAUCCCAAGAGACAAACUCAUUCUCAAUAUGAGACAUGACUAAAAUGUCAGCGAGGUCUAUGUGUCUAUAUAUGCACACAAGGUCCAGCAGGAGAGCAUAUAAAGCUUUUGUUGAUGUAGGGUGUAGCAGCAGUAGCAAAAUGCUUGCAAAUCAUUAAACUGUUCAAAAAUUCCACUAGUUUUAACAGUCUGUUCCUAAAAACAGUCUUUUUCUGCCAAAGCGAACAGUUUAUGUGCUGGUUUCAAAGAGCUCCAAUAUAUAUUACUUUUGCCCUCUAUUGAAGAGAAAAAAAAAAUCAUUUCAGCCACAUAUAUUUUAUGAAAAGACCUGCUGAGACAGUUUGUAGUUACUCUUUGCAGGAGUAGAUGUAUUUAUUUACAGUAGUAUCCAUUAGUGACAAUGACAUCCACCACAGUGGGUUCACUGAGAACUAAUUCAAGUAUUGCAUUAACUUUUCAAGAAUUACGGACAUUCUUAUACACAGUGCUCCGUUUUCAAAAUCUGGAAAUUUUUUGAUUUUAUAUUUAAAAUAAAUUUUAGAUAUAAGGAUUCUUUUUAAUAGCUGGAUGAAAAUCCAAGUCCACGGACAUCACCAACUGCUGCAUUUCAUUUCUUGAGAUACUCCACUUGGCUCUUACUACAGAUACUUCAGUUGCUGCUUGUUUUUUUGGAUUCAAAAAGCAUGCUUUUCUAAGUUGAAGUCAGGUGACCAAGUGGCAAGUUAAGAAUAUCCCAGCUCUCUGCCCCGAGAAACUCUUGGGUUGAUUUUCCAGGAUGUUUUGGGUUUUUUCCGUGUGCACUGUAAAAUGCUAUCUGAGCAGAGACUACAGGCCUGUACACUUCAUAAUUCAUCCAGCUACUUCUAUAAGCAGGCACAUCAAACACUAGUGACCCGGUUGCACUGGCAGCCAUGCCAAUGCCAUAACACUGCCUCCACUAUGUUUGACAGAUGAUGUGGUUUGAUUCAUAUCACGAGUCAUUUCUCUCUUCCUCCAUAUGUUUCUUGUCGUAUCAGUCUGAUAAAAGUUCAUCUUGGUUUCAUUUGUAAAAAAAAAAAAAGGGAAAGUCUAAUCUGUCUUUCAUGUUGCUGAAUGUAACCAGCGGUUUGCACCUUGUGAAACACACUGUGCUGAUCAUUUAUCUUGAGGGUGUAUCUGGAGAGUAGACUUUGCCAAUAAUAUGUCUACCUCCUC